UUUAAGAAAAUGUGGUGCCUUGAUAAAAUCUUAAAAUUGUAUGCAUAAAAAGUGAAAAACACAAUUAAACGCCAAACAUUUUAUUGGAUAAUAUACGGAUAAACUAUUUUUGCCGCACGUCAACUGUACCCCCAAAAAGAAAAACGCAUCAAAUUGGAUUACAAUCAUUUUUGGCUCCUGCACUCGCUCUGUGAAAGGUACAACACUGAACAAGGAGCUAUGGACCAGCAAUUCUGUUUACGCUGGAACAAUCAUCCUACAAAUCUGACCGGCGUGCUCACCUCACUGCUGCAGCGUGAGGCGCUCUGCGAUGUCACUCUCGCCUGUGAGGGUGAAACAGUCAAGGCACAUCAAACCAUACUGUCAGCCUGCAGUCCAUAUUUUGAGACGAUUUUCCUACAGAAUCAGCAUCCACAUCCCAUCAUCUAUCUGAAAGAUGUUAGAUACUCAGAGAUGCGCUCCCUGCUGGACUUUAUGUACAAGGGCGAGGUCAAUGUGGGCCAAAGUUCGCUGCCCAUGUUUCUGAAAACCGCUGAAAGUCUGCAGGUUCGCGGUCUCACAGACAACAACAAUCUGAACUAUCGUUCCGAUUGCGACAAGCUGCGCGAUUCGGCCGGCAGUUCGCCCACUGGGCGUGGUCCCAGCUAUGGCGGCCUCGGCGCCGAUGUGCGCGAUUCACGUGACUCCCUGCGCUCCCGCUGCGAUCUACGCGACGAUUUGCAGCGCAGUAGCAGCUUAAGCCUGAGCGAACGCAACUCGGCAGCAGCUGCCGCCGCCGCAGCAGCAGCGGCUGCCGCUGUCGCUGCCGCAGGUGGCAACGUGAAUGCAGCAGCUGCUGCGCUCGGCUUGGCAACCAGCGGCGGCGAACGAUCUCCAAGCGUGGGCAGCGCCAGUGCUGCUGCAGCUGCAGUUGCCGCCGCUGUUGCCGCUGCUGCCAAUAGGAGUGCCAGUGCCGAUGCAUUGAAUAGUCGCGGCGGCGAUGCAUGCAGCGAUCGGGGCAGCGAGCGAGGUACGCUGGAGCGGGCUGAUAGUCGGGAUGAGCUGCUGCAGCUGGACUACAGUACUAAGGAUAACAACAAUAGUAACAACAACAACAACAACAACAAUAGCACCAACAGCAGUAGCAACAACAAUAACAACAACAACAGCAGCAGCAACAACAACAAUCGAGAGCGCAACGAUAGCAGAGAUAGAGAUCGUGACAGGGAGCUGUCCACGACGCCCGUAGAUCAGCUGUGUAGUAGUAAGCGCAGACGUAGGAACUCAUCAUCCAACUGUGAUAAUUCGUUGUCCUCGAGCCAUCAUGCGAAUGCGGCCCACAUACAGGACAGACACUACGCGCAGGACUCUCAGGCCAGCGCACACAGUAACUUCAAGUCGAGCCCGGUGCCGAAAACGGGCGGCAGCACAUCCGAAUCGGAGGAUGCGGGAGCCGGCGGCGGCAGACGCGAUUCGCCAUUAUCGAUGACCGUUGGUCAUUUGGGCGGUGGAAAUGUGGGCGCGGCCAGUGCACUGAGCGGCCUCAGUCAGUCGCUAAGUAUUAAGCAGGAGCUAAUGGAUGCACAGCAGCAGCAGCAACAACAGCAUCGCGAGCAUCAUGUGGCGCUGCCACCCGAAUACUUGCCGACCGCCGCUCUGAAAAUGCACGCCGAGGAUAUGUCAACGCUGUUAACCCAACACGCACUGCAGGCUGCGGAUGCGCGGGAUGAGCAUAAUGAUGCCAAGCAGUUGCCACUGGAUCCGACGGACAACAUUGACGGUCGCGUUAAAUGUUUUAACAGUGCCAGCAAGCACGAGAUGGACACCAGCACCGAUGUCGACGUCACUGUUAAUGCACCCCUUAUUGUCGACGAUCACGAUCACGAUAUGGAUGCGGAAGAGGAUGGGGAGCAAUCGCCACACGUUGCCUAUCAUGCGACGCCCAAGUAUCGACGUGCAAUAAUCUAUCCGCCGCAUGAUGAGGAUAUGCCCGCACAGGAUAUAUAUACGGACAGCAGCUACAAUUGCGAGUACAAGUGCAGGGAGCGAAAUAUGCGCGCCAUACGCUGCAAUCGCCAGCCACAUUAUGCUCAGCAGCAGCAGCAACAAGAUCUGAAUCUUCAUCCACAAUUGCAUAAUCAUCAGAUAGCAACGGCGCCGCAAACUGCUUUAAAUCUGGGCCGGCACAGCACUGAGACGCUGUGUGCGGCUGAAGCCUCCCAUUCGCCCACACCAACCACAUCGAGCAGCAGCUAUCGGGAACAGCAGCCGCAUUUGAGCUACGCCCGACCGCAGUCGCCGACGCAAUCAACGAUUCAUCAACUGGAGCUGGCGCAUAGCUAUGGGCAUCAUGGCCAUCAUGCGUCGCCCCAACACCAUUCGCCGCAUUAUCAGUCCGGCAGCACCGCCGCCAUGGCACCGCUAUCGCCGCAACCGAGCUCAUCGUCCGCCUCAGGCAGCAGCACAUCGGCAGCAGCUGCUGCUGCAGCGGCCGCAGCGGCAAAUCGUCGGGAUCACAAUAUCGACUACUCGACACUGUUUGUGCAGCUGUCGGGCACGUUGCCGACACUGUAUCGGUGUGUGAGUUGCAACAAGAUCGUGUCGAAUCGCUGGCAUCAUGCCAACAUCCAUCGGCCACAGAGUCACGAGUGUCCCGUUUGUGGUCAGAAGUUUACGCGACGGGAUAAUAUGAAGGCGCAUUGCAAGAUUAAGCAUGCGGAUAUCAAGGAUCGCUUCUUCAGCCAUUAUGUACAUAUGUGAUCACUUCUCUAGAUAGUUAGCCGUACAUGAAUCGGAUCGUUGUGACGAUAUUGUAUUGUAUCUAAAUACCCUCAAAUACGAACCGGAUAUUUAAAGUCUGCACCCAGUUAUACGUAAAUACUAUUUAGAUCCCUAAGAAUUUCAGAGAGUUUCUUCAGCGUUUACCGCAACUAAAAAGUUAAACAAAUUAAG